AUGGCAUCGCAAGCCGUCUUCGAGUUCCUCGUCAGUCGCUAUGGCGCUGAAGACGAAGCUCUCAUGCAACUGAUGAGCAGGCUGGAAGUCUCUAUCGAGUCCGACCUACUGAGAGGGAGGGCUCUAUUUGGAGCACUCCGGAGCGGAGUCACCGAGGAGAACGCAGCGUUGGUGUUCGACUCCGUUAUGCAGCUGGACGCAAACAAGUCGGAUGUCGCUGGUAGUAGACCGCCUUGCGGUGGCGAUAGGGCAACGGACUGGGCCGACUUUCGCGCUUGA